AUGCUCCGCGGUACCAUCCUCGCCCUUCUUGGCCUCACACAGGCUGUGGAGCUGACAAAGGACUCUUGGGACGAGGCAACCAGUGGCAAGACCGUGUUCGUGAAGUUUUUCGCCCCUUGGUGUGGCCACUGCAAGAAGAUGAAGCCUGAUUGGGACAAGCUCAUGAAGGAGUUCGAGGGCUCCUCUGAAGUUUUGAUUGCUGAUGUGGAUUGCACCGCCGGUGGCAAGGCCAAAUGCGACGAGGUGGGUGUGCGAGGCUUCCCCACGCUCAAGUAUGGCAAUCCUGAUGACCUUCAGGAUUACACGGGCGGCCGCUCAUACAGCGAGAUCUCCAAGUUCGCCAAGGGCCUUGGCCCUCAGUGUGGACCUGCUAACAAGGAUCUGUGCGAUGAUGCCAAGAAGAAGCUGAUCGAUGAGUACAUGGCGAUGGAGAGUUCAAAGCGCGAGACCAUGAUCAAGGAAAAGGAAACUGAGGUAGAAAAGCUCGAGUCGGAUUUCAAGACCUUUGUGGAAGGCCUCCAGAAGCAGUACCAAGAAGCCAGUGACAAGAAGGACAAGGAUGUGGAGGCCGUCAAAAGCUCUGGCCUGGGAUUGCUCAAGUCAGUCCAUGCUUACAGCAAGAAAGCCAAGGCGGAGCUCUAA